GAUAAAAUACUAAGAUAGUAUACCAACUUACCGCUUUUGCAAGUGCUUAUUUAAAUUACACGAGAUUAGAAAUAAUACCAUUUUGCUGUUAUAAAUUAGAAGAUUUCCAAUACUUUAUCAGAAUUAGUAUUGUUGGAAGUUUUUACGUGCUUAAUAAAGAAAAUGCCUGUUGCACCACCUUCGUCUUAUUCUCAAGGUCCCAGUUGUUUUGAUAGAAUGAAAAUGGGAUUUGGAAUUGGUAUGUGUGUUGGUUUGGCGUCAGGAGCAUUGUUUGGUGGAUUUUCUGCCCUUAGAUAUGGAAUAAGAGGAAGAGAACUUAUCCAAAGUGUAGGAAAAAUGAUGCUUCAAGGCGGAGGCACUUUUGGAACUUUUAUGGCUAUUGGAACAGGAAUCCGCUGUUGAUUUUUUUAGUUUUUUUUUUUUGGAAGUAUAUAAUAGAAAAUAUUGAAGAAUCUUAUUUGAGCUUUAUAAAAUAAGAAAGACUUGAAAAUCAAAACAAGUAAGCUCGUAUGAAGAAAAUGUUUGACAUAGAUUUGGUGCUAUAAUUAGCUUGUAUAUUGAGUCAUUGAGUUUCAGAACAACUUUAAUUAUAUAUUCUGUAAACAUAAAUAUUGUUUUAAUAACUUAAUUUCCUUUCACCAUUCCUUAAUUUUUUUCGAUUAGUUAAUAGAAUUUAUAUUGUUUCUUGCAAUUGAAUAAUAUUUGUUAAAUUUUUAUAUGUUAAAGUCUGUCAAUAGUUUCUAAUUAAUUAUAAUUAAUUUCGCAAGUGAAAUUUUUUUAAUCCUAAGUAAUUGUGAUUUAAAAGAUUUCUCAUGCUGUUUAAAGCUUACUCAUCUUUUCAAAUUUAUUAAUGAAUAUAUUUUUAGUAAAAAAAAAUUAAAAAAACAUAUAUAUAAAAGUUGCAGUGUCGAUUCUUUGCUAGUGUAUUAAAAAAAUAUUCUUUCAUUAACAUCAUUGUUUAAUUUUUUUAAAGUUAUAUUCCCUGCAUUUCUUUUGCAAAAACAUUGAGAGAAUGAAGAUUCUGACUAUUUAGUCAGAUUUAAUUUGAAUCUUGUUUUUCCAUGUUUGUUUUCAUCUUUUAUUUGUUGUAAUAGUGUUCUGCCUUGAUUUGAAAGAGAAUAUUUUAUAUUAAUAUGAAUUAAUAUUUAAAUUUAAAGCUUAAAAGUAUAAAGUUUUAUAUGCAAGUUGCAGUAAAUGUACUGUCUUUUUCAAUUUUAAACCAUGUUUAAAAAUAUUACAAAUUUGUUUAAAAAAUAAUAAAUAUUGGUUAUUAAUUCUCAAAUUUUUUAGAUUUUGUAAUUAAUUGAUUAUUUGUAUUUGCUUUUUUAUACUUUAACCAUAUAUUGUUUUUUUUUAUAAUUAAAAUGUAGAAACGCAUUCUUGAAAAAUAAAUUACUGUCACUUGAAUUUUGUUGUCAUAUAUUGUGUGUUAUGUGCUAUAAUUAAACAUAAUCAUAAAUAAUAAUAUUUAUGCAAUUUUUAAA